GAGAUGACCAUCGACAAUCCACACUCACACCUGAACAAGGGCUUCCCCUCCUGCACCAUGCGCUCGUUUUUUCCAACAGUCACGACAAUCGAUCCAAACUCCUCACGGCUCUCAGUGCAUCAGACGCUCCUACAAUACCCUCUUGUUCAGCUGCAGGUGCACCCUUUGCGACUGUCGACUGCUCAUCUUCGUCUCCUCGGUUGCGCCUUUGUCGAUACCUCCCCUUCUGACCGAGACCGACAUCACACGCCCCCGCCGCCGCCGCCAGAGACGGAGACCAAGGAAUCGCGUCAAAGCCCCUCUUCAGUGGCCAUACUAAGCCCCAAAGAGCCCUCCUCUCCUCUCCUUGUUCCGACCAACGGUGAUAGCAGCCAUGUCACCAACUGUACCAUCACAAAGGCAUGCACUCCGCCGCCAGGCCUUUUGCUGAUGACCAAGCCUCCCGCACAAGAAAGGUGGGCUAGGAGAAUUGCGUUGUGUGACAUGCUUGCCGGGAAGCAGACUGCCAUGAUGAGUCUGUUAGAGUCAAGUCCCAUCGCAGCAAAACAAUCGAGGACCGCCGUCCCCUUCCGAUACAGGGCAUUCAAGGAACCAGUCCUCGGCAUUGCCUUCGAAACGCUCUCCGAAUACUCCACCGUCCCCGGCCCUUCCAUCAUCUACCUCGACGCCAGCGACAUCAGGGCAUCCCGCGAGGAACAUCUUCGAAACCUCUACCUGCAAUACUUCAGCCAAGAGAAGAAGCGUCUCUACCAAAGCCAUCUUGGCCAGUUGGCCGCCGACAUUGCUCCCUGUCGAGAUCCGUACAUGGCAGUCAUGCUUAUUGCAUUGGCUCAGGCCCAGCGCAGAGCUGUCCAGUCCCGAGACCGGUCGCCGCCACCCGCCGAACAAGCCUUUCGUGCCCAUGUCCUCGUCAGCGACGUCAAUGAUAAAUCUUGUCUCAGAGUUUACACGGCUCAAGUACCAGACGCCUUCCUCGACAAGCUCGUGUACCCCCGACUACCUCCCGUCCGAGACACGUCUUUUCGAAUUUACCAUACUACCGUCCCCUAUGAGCCAUACUCCUCAUUCCGGCAUCGCCUUACACACGCCAUGUCCACACAUGACAAGAAUCAGACAAGAGGUUGCGACGAGAACGAGGGAAUUUUACACGAGGGAAGAAGGAAAAUAGGGAAGCGGGCAAGGGGUAUUGACGAAGACGAGAACAUUUUACACGAGGGCAGAAGAUGGCAGAUGGGGAGCCCGCACGGACACAAGCGACUUCGGACAGGUUAAUCCGCUUUUUCGCCAAGUGUGUGUGACGUUAGUGAUUCUUUUUGGCGGCGUUCGGUCAUAGUCAGGCAGGAUGGUUGAUACCCAUUUUCAUAGCAAUGCUUUUCUCAAUAGGAUUCAUGCAUGGCGGUCGGGGGCUGGCUGUCUCUCGGGUGAUCCCCGCCGGCUUCCCGACUGCGUUCCCACCGCUGCCCACUUAGCAACGAGGCGGCCCAGAGGAUGCCUUGGUUUACGUUGCACGUGUCCUCUCAU